AUGGUCGGGGAGGGAAGGUGCGUGCGCGGUGUCCACGCGUCAGAAGGAGCGUGUGGCCCCGAGUGUGCGCACGAGGGGCGAGUUUCGGAGAUGCCAGCUCUUCCGGUCGCCCUUGGUCGCUGCCCUGGGGGAGGGCCAGUGCAGGUGGUGCAGAGGGGCUCAGGGGAGCUGCUGAUGGGCCCCUGGGUCUCUGGCCACGGUGGUCAUCUGGGGCUCUGUGGGACCAUCCGCUACCAGCCCUGCUACAUCGCAGUGGUGAGUCCACUGCACUCUGACCCCCUAUGCAGUCCGGGCAACAGUGCACAGGUGGGCGUGGCUGUGUCCCGGGAAGACUCCACAAGUGUACUGUGUGGGCCGCCAUCUGGAUCACCUGGAACAUCUCCAUUACCUGCUUCUACCUGGCAGUGGGGGGGUCUCUCCAAGGACAGUGAGCUCCUGACCUUCAACCUCUGCAGGCACCAUUCCUGGUGGCAUGAGCAUGGCCCUGGCUGUCUUCGCAAGGAGUCAGUGGCAAGCCUGGGGUCCCUGGGUGGCCAGGUCCUGGCACUGGGCAUCAGCUGUGUCCUGGAGCCUGGCUACAUGGAGGCCCUGCAGAUCCUGGUGGCCAUGAGUGUGGGGGGUGGAGGGGGAACGUGGGAGGCUCCUGCAUCCCAUGCUGUGGUGGGACCGGGUCUCAGGCCAUCCCUGCUGUCCUCCUCAGGGCAGGGUACCCUUCCGUGCCCCCAUCCCUGCCCCAGAGGCUGAGAAACCAAGCUGCCACUCCCACCUGUGUGCCCAGGCCGCCUGAGCCUCAGUGCCCCACUCUGUAAAAUGGGCUCAGCACUGGCUCCAGCCCCAGAGUGAGGGAGACCCUGAA